AUGCAGAAAAACAAAAAACCAUCGCAACAAAGCCACGUGCAGUCAGAAAAAACUUCUUUACUUUUCUGGACAACUACUCAACCAAAUUUGAAUGGCGUUAUAAAUCUAGAAGAAUUCAGCGGAAAAUGGUGUGCUUUUUAUUUACAACACUUUGUUGUGUACCAGAUAUUCGAAUAUCACGAGGAAAAAUUAAUUGCUCCACCGAAAUUUUACAUUUUCAUUCAUGAAGAUAGCAAAAUAACAAGGAGUGCAGAAGUGCAACGUCUUAUAGAAGGAGUAAUUUAUUGUCAAAUUGUGUUUCCCGAAAACAGUGUGUCAUCCAAGACAAUAAGACUAUUUAGAGAUGGAUUUGAACAAAAAAUGUACAUGACACAGAAUUUGUCGAAUAGCAAUUUUACUGACUUUGACAUGGACACUGUAAGAUUGGCUUGGAGCAUGAGCUCGGUCAAAGUCAUAGAAAACAAUGCACAAACAAUAGAGACAUUUCUUAAAAAGUAUAAAUUAAGCUACUCAUCAGAUCAUGGAUCCCAAAUGCGAGACUAAGAAGUGUAUCUUGAAGCUUACGUAUAAAAACAUUCUUUUUAUAUCUUUUAUUUGAAUGAUUUUUAUGUAGAAGUCCAGACUUUUUUAAUUAGAAUAAUUACUCAUGAUACACAUGGUGAACAUUGAUGUUGAUACGUUGUAGGCUAGAGCUGCAGAGAAUAACGCCAUCAAUAAAACAUCAAAGAAAUGUAGAAG